UAUUUAUCUUUUGUUUUCAUCGAUAAAUAUGUUGUAUUAUAACCAUUUUCACUCGUUUUCCUCAUGUAUAUAAAUUCGCAAGCACAUAUCAUUAAAUUCUAUUGUAUAAUGUUGUCCAUUAGAUUAUGUUCAGUUUAUUUACCCCUUCGUCCGAUUUUUAGCCACGAAACAUCGUUUGGACCUAGGUGUUUCGUCCGUCACUUAUUUAAAAACAAUUUACACAUGGCUCCUCAAGGGGAAAUUAUGGCGAAUGCCAACACAAUUCAAAGAUUCGAUAAUAUCAUCAAAUCUACAUAUGACAAACGCGAAUACCGCGGUCUAAUAUUACCGAAUGAAAUGAAAGUAAUGCUAGUUAGUGAUAGCACAACGGAAAAGUCUGCUGCAGCUUUAACCGUGCAAGUUGGUUUUAUGAGCGACCCCGAUGAACUGCCAGGAUUGGCUCAUUUUUGUGAGCACAUGCUAUUUCUCGGUACAAAGAAGUACCCAAUAGAAAAUUAUUACCAGAAAUAUUUAUCUGAACAUGGAGGUAGUUGUAAUGCAGUGACUGAUUCGCAAGAGACCAAAUACUUCUUUGAUAUUACACCGGAGCAUUUGCCAGAAAUUCUAGACAUAUUUUCACAGUUUUUUAUUGCUCCCUUGUUUUCUGAGAGUGCUACAGAAAGAGAAAUCAAUGCUGUUGAUUCUGAGCAUUCAAAAAAUAUUCCUAAUGAUAUGUGGAGGAGUGAUUAUAUAGAGAAAAUAUUAUGCAGUCCGAAUCACCCAUAUAGAAAGUUUGGAACAGGUAACAAACAAACAUUGAUGGAUGGACCAAAGCAAAAAGGAAUAAAUGUGCGAGAUGAACUGCUAAAGUUUCAUAAUCGUUGGUACUCCUCCAACAUUAUGACAUUAUCAAUACUUGGAAAAGAAUCUCUGAAUGAUUUGGAACGCUUAGCUAGAGAUUUAUUUGGUUCUGUGAGCAACAAAAAGGUGCAGGCUCAAAUUUGGCCUGACCAUCCUUAUACAAAAGAGCAAUUUGCCACUAAAACAUUUAUUCAGCCUAUCAAAGAUAUUCGACUUAUGGGUAUUACAUUCCCUGUACAAGACCUUGAGCCUUUUAGAAAAUCUGCACCAGGAAAUUAUUUAGGUCAUCUUUUUGGGCAUGAGGGACCCGGCAGUCUCUUAUCAUGUUUGAAAGCACGUGGUUGGAGUUCAAGCUUAUCUUGCGGUGCUGUUCAGAGGAGGGGAUUUGGUUUCUUCAAACUAGAUGCAGAUUUAACAGAAGAGGGCGUAAACCAUGUUGAUGAUAUAGUCAGACUAGUUUUUCAGUAUAUUAAUUUGCUGAAAAAGGAAACACCACAAAAAUGGAUAUUUGAUGAAUCAAAGGCAAUUAACGAUAUGAACUUUAAGUUCAGAGAUAAAGAACAACCAAGAAGUUAUGUUGUUUAUCUAGCCAAGAAUCUGAUGCAUUUUAAAUUUGAAGAGGUUCUUUGCGGUCCUUCGCUAAUGACACACUGGGACCCUAAACUUAUAGAGUCAAUUGUUGAUGAAUUUAUACCUGAGAAUGUCCGAGUAACUGUCAUCUCCAAACAGUUUGAAGACAAAUGUACUCAGGUGGAUCCAAUUUACAAUAGUAAAUAUGUUACAGAGAAGUAUGAGCAAAAGACCUUACAUGAAUUUAAAAAGGCCGGCUUUUGUGAUGACUUGAAACUACCUCCACCAAAUGAGUUUGUGCCUAAAGACUUCACAUUAUUGCCUCAGGAAAAUGUUACCAUGCAUCCUGCUAUUAUUUUAGACAAUAGCCAGAUUCGAUUAUGGUUUAAACAAGAUGCCGAAUAUUUACUGCCAAAAAUGAUGGUCUGCAUGCGCAUAACAACACCAUUAGCUUAUUUAGACCCUUUAAGUUGUAACUUCACACAUUUAUUUGUAAUGCUAUUCCAAGAUUCACUUAACGAGUAUGCAUAUGCCGCAGAACUUGCUGGCUUAGCAUGGAAUAUUGGCAUGUUCAAUCAAGGUCUAGUGCUCAGUGUUGGCGGUUACAAUGAUAAACUCGACGUAUUGCUCGCUAAAGUAUUAAGAAAUCUUAAGGACUUCAAAGUAGAUGAAAAACGUUUUAAUAUAUUUUUAGAAAAUUAUGUUAGGCAAUUAAAGAACUUUGAAACCGAGCAACCAUACCAGCAUGCUGUGUAUUACUUAGGUUUGAUAUUAACAGACAACUCCUGGACAAAGGAACAACUACUAGACGCCACACAAUUCACAACAUUUGAAUCAUUGAGAGCAUUUUUACCGCAGUUGUUACAUAAAGUGCAUAUUGAGUUCCUAAUUCAAGGAAAUUGUAAUAAAGACCGUGCAUUGAGUCUAGUACAAGAAACUGAGUCUUGUUUGGAGCUCAAUAAAAGACCACCCUUAUUUGCACAACAAUUACUUAAUAGUCGUGAGCACAAACUAGAAGCCGGUGUUCAGUAUUUAUAUGACGUACCGCAUUUAUAUCACAAAAGUUCAUGCACAGAAAUUUACUUUCAAUGUGGAAUGCAGAGUACAGAAGCUAAUGUGCAGUUAGAAUUGUUGGCACAAAUUAUGUCAGAACCUUGUUUUGACACAUUGCGAACUAAAGAACAAUUGGGUUACAUUGUAUCCUGUGGUGUAAGGCGAUCAAACGGUACCCAAGGUCUGAGAAUCAUAGUUCAGUCUGAAAAGCCUCCACCCUAUGUUGAUGAUAGGAUUGAACUAUUUAUUCAAAACAUGAAGAAUCAUCUAAUGACUAUCAGCAAUGAAGAAUUUGAAAGACACAAGGAAGCUUUAGCUAAGCAACGGUUGGAAAAGCCAAAAACAUUGGUGGGGUUAGUGCAGGUGUUCUGGAGUGAAAUUACAAAGCAACAAUAUAAUUUCAACAGGGCGGUUGUAGAAGUUGCUCAUCUGAGAACAAUAACAAAAGAGCAGCUUCUCACUUUUUUCAAUGAACAAGUGGACAGCGAAAGUGCAAGAAGAAAGAAAUUAGCAGUGUAUGUCACAUCGAAAUUAAGUAACGAAGAAAAUAUUGAUGAUAAAACAGAAGAUGAUCGUAAAAAUAAUAAAAAUAAAGAAACAUACACUUUGAUAACCGAUCUUGUGAAGUUUAAGAAUAGCAAGGAAAUGUAUUCACUGGUGCAACCAUAUAUAAAUCUGCCUAGUAAAGGUGCUCAAAGCAAAUUAUGAUGAAAAUACUUUAUAACAAUAUUAUGCAAAUUGAAGUAAUUUAAUUUAUAGGAACAUAAUAAGAUAGUAUUCUAGUAAAAAUUAUUUAUGCAAUUAUGUAAUUGGAUUAUAUAUGAUGCAAUAUGAUUUUCUGAUAU